CCCCUCCUUCCCCUCUCCUUCCCCGAACACCUUGACGUUUUGGCGGCGUCGUCCGACCACGUGACCCCAGGAGACGCGCCGGGACUCGGAUCGCCUUUUUCCGUUGGGGUGGGUGGGUGGAGGAAUUUAACGGAGGAAGCGUGGAGCUCGCCCGGGUCCCCCCAGGCAGGGUGUGCGUCCUCCCGGCUGCCGCAGCCAUGAGCCAGGCGGAGGUGUCGGCGUGCUCGGCCCCGCAGAGGGUGUUCCAGGAGGCGGUGCGGAAGGGCAACACCAAGGAGCUGCACUCGCUGCUGCAGAACAUGACCAACUGCGAGUUCAACGUCAACUCCUUCGGGCCGGAGGGCCAGACGGCGCUGCACCAGUCCGUCAUCGACGGCAACCUGGAGCUCGUCAAGCUGCUGGUCAAGUUCGGCGCCGACAUCCGGCUCGCCAACCGGGAGGGCUGGAGCGCCCUGCACAUCGCCGCCUUCGGGGGCCACCAGGACAUCGUGCUGUACCUCGUCACCAAGGCCAAGUACUCGUCGGCGGCGCGGUGAUGCGCGCCGGCCCGCAGGUAACAGCGCGGACCUGCCGAGAGAGAAAAAAAAACAAACGCCGCUUUUUGCUUUUUGCUGGUACUAAAAGCUUUUUUCUCUUCGGGCGGGCGGCUCCGAAUGUACAAACUGACAC